AUGGACUACAGCUUAGCGGCGGUGAAGGUGCUCAACUCCCAGCUCCGGGACGCUAAACCGACGCCUUCUCAGAACGCCACCUCACUAGGCGGCGUACUUUUUCAACGUGCUUGGUUACAGGGCGUUUUGAUCUCCUGUGGCGGCGAUAACCCUGUGGUCCUUGAUGACGGGACCGGUCUUGUCGAGCUCAGACUCUCCAGCGACUUUGCCACCCGUCAAUGGAAAUUAGGAAUGUACCUGAUGGUUGUUGGUGUCUACGUUAUCCGUACGGGAGAGAUACCUCUGAUUAAGGUUCAUAAGAUGGUUGACCUCUCGGGAAGCCCGGACCGUGAAGCCAUGUGGUAUUUAGAAGUCAUGGACGCAUACAGACUCUUCUAUGAGCCCUUGAUCCAAGAGUUCUCUUGA